ACGCUGAGCGCCAUCGUUUCCGGAUUCGGCAAGCGUGUGACUUUCUGAUUUAGUCACCCAACUCACUGCACUGCCAAGAAUUCAUCCUCUCAGCCUCCAUUCCAUACUGCCCACAGUUAAGUCUUUGGAAAGCCAGUGAGAUUGAAAAAGGGUCGCGGGCGUGCUGGAGCAUAUCCCAGCUAUUUUCUGGCGAAAGGCGGGACACACCCUGAACUGGUCGCCCAAAAGUAAUUAAAGGCCUUUCGGUGAGUGUGACAUGUCGACCCUGCGCUUUGGACAACACCUCAUCAAGGCCUCUGCCGUGUUCCUGCAGACAGAACUGUCCUUUGCUCUUGUCAACAGGAAGCCUGUGGUGCCUGGACAUGUACUGGUUUGCCCACUGAGGCAAGUGGAACGUUUUCGUGAUCUUCGACCAGAUGAGGUGACAGAUUUAUUCAGCACUACCCAGAGAGUUGCUAACCUGGUGGAACAGCACUUCAAUGCCACCUCUCUCACCAUUGCCAUCCAGGAUGGCCCUGAAGCCGGACAAACUGUGAAUCAUGUCCAUGUCCAUGUGCUUCCAAGGAAAGCAGGCGACUUUGAACACAAUGAUAAUGUCUAUGAUGAGCUCCAAAAACAUGACCAAGAUGAACAUGUGCCCUCAAAGUGGAGAUCAGAGGAAGAAAUGGCAGCAGAAGCCUCCAUUUUGAGAAAUCAAAUCGAGAACUCUUAGACGGACAGCAUGUAAGGUCAGCAGGGAUUGGGAAAAAACAUCACAUGAAGUUGAACAAUGUUGGAGGAGUUUUGUUUUGGUAC